AAUUAAUCUUGUAGAUAUCUCUACACACAGUAGUUAAAUAUACAUACAUGUACAAUCGUGGACUGGUGAUCAUACGCUAUCAGCGUUCUUUUCUCCAUCAGCCGUCCCACCACACACUAUCUUUCUGUCGUCGAUUUCCUUCCUUAUGCUCAAAGCUACAAAUCCAGAUCUGAGAUCACAAUCAGGUAUCAAAUCUAAAACCAUCAUUUCAUCUCAUCCCCACAAAUAAAAGCUCACUUCUGAUCUCAGAUCUUGCGCACACAAACAACAACAAUCCAUAAAAAGAGUCUGCUUUAGUUGCUUGCCGAUCUAUCCGGUUCUCUCUCGCCAGGUUCGUUUCCUUUGAUCACACGCUAUUGAUUUCGGCGUUCCUUUUCUAUUUACAGUGUUGUAAAAGAAAUUCGGCAUCAUUUCUGGUUUAUUUAUGCUUAGGGUAGAUUACUAUAGCAGUGUCAAGAGUUUACGUAGAUCUAGGUCUUUGUAUCUUAAGAUCCAUUUGUGAAUUUCACUUGACGUGUGGAAUCAAGGUCUUAAGGAAGCCAUGUGCGUGGGAAAUCUAUCGAAUCUUUUAGAUCUCUUAACUACAUUCGAAAUAUACAUUUUCGUACUCUGUUUAUUUUUUCUACCGCUGGUUAUAAAAUCGCAAGGCUACUACGAAUUUGUGAAAAGAUCUGUAUACGAUUAGGAUAUAUAAUUUAAUCUUUUCAUCCAAUUUCUCGAGGGCUUACUGAAACUGUUGAUUGUAAUCAAGUGUGAAGUAUUGCACUCGAAGAUCAGGCACUCAGCACCGAUUACUGAGUGAAUUCUAUAUACAGAUUAACAUUGUAAUCAAGCGUGAGUUGCUUUCACAAAUGCGAUUCUCAAUUAACAACAAACAUUAUGCAGAUUCACUUUUUUGCUAUCAACCAUGUGGAGAAUCAAACAAUUCAUGCCAAAGGAGAAGUCUGGACUCGAAGGUCGCAUGAUUGACAUUGGAAAUCUAAAAAUUCAAGUUCGCAAUGUGAUAGCUGAGGGUGGAUUCUCUUGUGUUUACUUGGCUCAAGAUGCUCUAAAUGGUUCAAAGCAGUAUGCACUAAAACACAUGAUAUGUAACGAUGAAGAAUCUCUAGAUCUUGUGAAGAAAGAAAUAUCCGUGAUGAAAUCACUUCAAGGACACCCAAACAUCGUCAUGCUAUGUGCACAUACUUUCUUGGAUACAGGACGCACAAAGGAAGCAUUACUUGUUAUGGAAUUUUGUGAUAAAUCUCUGGUUAAUGUGCUGGAAAGCAGAGGUGCUGGCUUCUUUGAAGAGAAACAAGUACUUCAAAUUUUCAGAGAUGUCUGUAAUGCAGUUUUUGCUAUGCACUGCCAGUCACCACCCAUUGCUCACCGGUAAUUAACAUAAUACUUAUUAAAUUCUUUUCUAUGUCUUUUGCUUUUGAAGAAAAGUAGCAAUAAUUUUCAUUUGCAAAUGUAGUGACUUGAAGGCAGAAAAUAUUUUGCUUGGAUCUGAUGGAUUAUGGAAGUUAUGUGACUUUGGUAGCACAUCAACAAAUCAUAAACGUUUUGAAAGGCCAGAAGAAAUGGGCAUUGAAGAAGACAACAUAAGAAAACACACAACACCUGCCUAUAGAUCCCCUGAGGUUUGUUUGUUAAAGAUAAUUAACAAUCAAAUCUUUCUUUUUGAUUCAUUUGCAACUUUUGUUCUUGUUUCAGAUGUGGGAUUUGCUUCUGAGAGAAGUUAUAAGCGAGAAAGUUGAUAUAUGGGUAAGUUGAGUCCUCCAUUUGUUACCCUGAGCCAUGUGAAAAGACAUGAACGCCCUUCUCAUCCUAGUUUGAUUUCAUGCAGGCACUUGGGUGUCUACUCUUCCGCAUCUGUUACUUCAAGUCUGCAUUUGAUGGUGAAUCAAAGCUACAAGUUUUGAAUGGAAAUUAUCGCAUUCCAGAAUUGCCAAAAUACAGCUCAUCAAUAACAGAUCUCAUCAAGGACAUGCUGCAAUCUUCUCCAGCUUCCAGACCAGACAUCACGCAGGCAAGAGCUUUGCUUGAUUGGACAUUCAUCUCCAUGAAUUUAGGUUAGUUAUACACACAUGGAACAUAGCUGCCAUGUGUAUACCCAUUUUUACUCAUGUCAUUUUUUUUUUUUUUUUGAUUUAUGCAGGUGUGGUUUCGAGUUAAUGGUCUUUUACCCGAUGAAUCUCAGAAGUCUUUACCCGAUAGACCACCUGAAAUGCUCCAAGCUGACAUCCAUGAAGGUCAUAAAUCAAUUAUUUUUGUUAUUAGUAUUAUAUUUUUAUUCAAAUUUUAAUAUUGGUUUAACAGGUCUUUCAAAGCCUGCAAAUAAAUCUAGCCCGGUACCUCGUAGAAGCCCACCGCCACCACCAACCACCAGCACCGCUGAGUCAUCCAGGAACGAGGGUGGUGGUGGGCCCAUGGGUGCUUUCUGGACAACUCAGCAUGCUAAGGAAUCAGCUGUUGUUGAAGAGCUUAACAACAAAGUUAAAUUUGAUGAGGAGCCAAGUGGGGCUGAAAGAUUUACUUUACACAGAACUAGUCCUCCGAAAAAUGAAGGUCGUCAUUCCCGGUCCUCGCAAAAAAUGGUGCAAGGGAAGUCGGGUCCUUCAAAGGACUUUGAAAUGAACUUUUUCCCAGAAGCAAAAUCUAAUGAUGGUUUUAAUGCUUUUGCAAGUGAGUUUGGCAUGAAUAGAGUUGGGAAGGAAGAGGAGUUAGAGGGUGAAGUAGAAAGAUUAAGGGAACAGCUGAAGCAGGUUAAUAUGGAGAAAAAUGAAUUGAGUUCUAAAUAUGAAAAGUUAUCUGCUAUUUGUCGAUCACAGAGACAAGAGCUGCAUGAGCUGAAGCAAACUCUUGCUUCUACCACUCCAUCUCCAAAUAAAACCAGCUCUAAAACCCAGCCAUCUCCAGGAAUUCAACACCACUCUCCAUCUCCACAGGUAUAGUUUCAUUUCUUUGUAUUUAUUACCUUCACAUUUAAAAAAAAAAUAAAAAAAUUAUGACAUUGUAGUUUGAAUAAUUUAGUCAGUUGUAGCUGUAUGCUUUCGUUUUUGCUGUUAUCACUUAUCAGGACGUUGUACUCAGCAAAAUCUACCCGAUUAUGGCAUUGAAAAUUGGUUUGUAUUUGGAUGAGAUUGGUAUAAUUAUGAAAGAAAAGGUCCCAUAGGAAGAAAUGAAAGUAUGUUGGUGUGUUUUACAUUAUGAUUGAGAUUAAUUUGUUUGUUUAGCAGAAAGAGAAAGAUGGAAGAGUUUGGGAGGUUGAAAAGGGAUUAUUUGAUAAAGGGUCCCCAGUCCCAAGCUCUGAACAAAACUCAUGGCAGGCAUUUCCUGAGGAGAAUCCCACAAACAACUCCAAAUCGGUUAGAACGAGAAAUGGGCACCAGAACAAGCAAGCGGCUGAAGGCGGCACCACCACCACCAGUUGGGGUUUUGGAGCAGAAAGCUUCACAGCGGUUCCUGCUGCUGCUAGCUCUCAAUCUCAGGUAAACACAACACCUAAUAUCAGCACCCCUAAUUCUGGGCGUUCUGGUUAUGGGGAGGAGUUCAAAAACAAAGAAAGUAAGUCGGCUUCCCGACCUGCUGGAUGGGCUGGUUUCUAGUCUUGCUGAUGUCAUUAUUAUAUAAAAUCAUGUGUUAAAAAGAUACUUGUCUUUUGAUCUUGUCGGACAUUUUAAGAAAACUGGUUGGACUUUGGGGUAUUAUAUUUUAAUAUGAGGGUCAAGAACAUCUGAAACAAAUGAUUGUUGAUUUGUUGGGCAUGGGCUUGUUUUUUCUCAUCUGGUGUUGCUAUGUGUGUUUUUUCUAUACCUGUUUACAGAUUCCAACUCCGUUCCAUGCAUGUUAUUAAUUAAUUCAUUGAUCGCUAUCA